UCAGCAAAUGGAACUUUUCUAAGAAAUGUUUUCCAUAGUCACUGAAAACAAUUGGUGGGCGAAGAACCAACACAACCUUUCAUGGUUAAUACUGGAAGAGGACAGAAUCUGAACCGUCGACAGAGGAGAGCUGCACGUAGGCAGCAAGAACACCUGCAACGUCAGCAAAUGGAGGAAGAGCAGCAACGACUUGGGUUUCAGGAUGAGGGUCAGCUUCAGGAGGAGCAAGAGGAAGUUCAGGCUCCGGCUCAGGGCAGGGAUCCAGAGUAUCCUCCUCACAUCAAUGACCUCAUUGCUCGGGCUAUAGAAGCUGGGGUAGCAGCUGUACUUCGGAAUCAGCCUCAGGUACAGCCGGCACCGUUACCAGCACCGGUUGUUCGGACUGAUACUUGGGAGAAGGCCAGGAGUUCCUUCACAAAAGGGAGUCCACCUGAGUUCACGGGCUCCACGGAUGCGAGAGCAGCUCACCAGUGGAAACAGGACAUUGAGCGACAUCUUCGCUUGGUUCAGUGCAUGGAGGUUCAGAAGCAGAUGCUUGCUACCUUCAAGCUAGUUGGGGAUGCACUGCAGUGGUGGGAGUCAGUUACCACCAUAGAGGAGAGGAUGGCAUUGACUUAUGAUGAGUUCAGUGCACGCUUUGAAGAAAAGUAUUUCCCUUAUGCAGUUAGGGCAGCCAUGAAGACUGAAUUUCUUAAUCUGCAGCAAGGGAACAUGACAGUGGCGGAGUAUGAACAGCAGUUCACACGCUUAUCUCUCUUUGCACCGGAGGAGGUGGAUACAGAGGAGAAGAAGCGCAACAGUUUUGUCAAGGGACUAAUGUGGUCUAUCAAGAGAGCUAUUACUGGUAGUCCAGCCUACACUACUUAUGCUCAAGUGGUGGACGCAGCUUUGCAGCUUUAUCAGCUGAAUGAGGAUUUCAGACAGACUAGGGCUAAGAAGCGGGGUGGCAAAGAUUUUGCUAAUCAGCCAGCUGCGAAAGUGAAUGAUAAUGGGAACCGACAGAAUGACAAGGGCAGAUUCCAGGGCCAGCAGCCUUGGAAGAAGCACAAGGGUAAUUCAGAAGUUCAGAGAGAGGGAGUUUCCACUCAGCAGACUGGAGCACCUCAGACUGGACUGGGACAGCUACAGGGUAAUCACCAGGAGGGGCAGUCAAGUAUAUUUAGGGGUCAUUGCUAUAAGUGUGGAGAUUAUGGGCAUUCAGCCAAACGGUGUCCUGGGUUGGCUCAGAAACAGUAUGGGCAACAGGGACAGUGGCAACCAUUACCUACUCCACAGAUUCCACGUGUGCAGGCUCAGACAUUUUCGGCCUUACCAGCACCACCGCCACCACAGGGACAGCCUAUACAGCAGUUGCAUCAGGGUAUGGUGUACAAUGCCACACCUUGCAAUGCAUGGGUACCUCAGAAGAAUUGAGGUUGUAGAAGGUCAAGUCUCAAGGUUGAGGAUCCGCAGCUGGAGGACUUAUCCAUUCCUUCUAUUUACUUAAAAGUAGGAUAUUAGUUUUGUUUCAGUUGAUAUUAGUACUUAUUUGGUUGAAAUUCUAAAUAGUAACUUUUGGUUAAGGGGUCCUUGAGUUACGGGAUUCUCGAGUUGUAACCAUUUGGAAGUUAUUAAUGGAUUUACUAUUAAUUGGA